GUCUCUAAAUUCCUAAAGAAGCCGUACAAGUGACAAUGCCAGAGGAGACAAUGCUAUCUCAUGUUACGCGAUUCUGUCUCUGUCCAAGCUUGUCGUCGCAGUGCUAGUUUGUGCGUUCAAAGAUGCGCAAGGCCGUGUGUCUAAAACACCCUAUCCUUUAUCUCAAAAAGAGUAGAGUUUGCACACUGUCUUUUAAGGUGUGCGUGGUAUAGACAUUAUAAUCCCGCCAUUUUUCUUCCUAAGAAAGCCAAAAGCAUCGCUUCGUCUACAAACCCAAAGAUCAUCUCGCUUCCCACAAAGUCAAUCGCCGUUCUGUUUUCCGAGAUAACAUGACAGUGUCAGAGAAGUCAACCAAGCCGACUGAGGCUACUGGCACCGAGCAGCGCCCUGCCGGUCACGUUGGUGGCAACCCCGAAGACGAUCCAGUCAACCCUGAAGACGAUCCAGUCAACCCUGAAGACGAUCAAGUCAAUCCUGAAGACGAUCCAGUCAACCCUGAAGACGAUCAAGUCAAUCCUGAAGACGAUCCAGUCAACCCCGAAGACGACCCAGUCAACCCCGAAGACGACCCAGUCAACCCUAAAUACGACCCAGGCGACCCCGAAAACGACCCAGGCGAUCCGGCAAAGAAACCCUCAGGCCCUCAUGUCAACGGGCAUGUAGUCCAGACUAGACGAACCGAAGAUGGCCAUAUUGUACUGUGCAUUCAUGUUUCUGGAGCUGCCAUAGGUACCCACAGAUGUGAUUCCUACUUCCCGAGCCUAAACGCCAACGCUGUUUUCCGCCAGGGCGACAUAAACACGCCUCCAUUCCUGGUAGCCGAGCACGGAUGGUUUCAGCAUCGAAACACCUUCCGUGGAGUCUGCAUGAGCACACCGGUUGACCCGAAUCAACCUGAUCAAGACGCCGCUUUCAAGGCAUGGAGAUCAGCCGUGCUGCUCACAUUGCGGAACAAUCAUAUACCUCCCUGGAUUCCAGUUUCGGGGGUAUAGGCAUAGGAUACAAUGUUGGAACCUCGGUGUUGGAGGCGGGGGAUAGAGCUAGGCUUUUGUCAUUGUACUCCGAGGAUAUGGCCUUUAUACCGGUGGUGUAUGAUGCUAGGUGUAUAAUUCUUGGUGUCUGAUUUGCGGUUCGGAGUCUUGGAGUUUGAAUCUGGGAAUAGGGUCUAGGGAUGGAACCCAUAUGCCCACGAUAAUGGGUUCGAUUAGCACCUGGAUAGAAUACACUCAUUUUAGAGAUGGAUAAGCGUAGAGUCAAUCU